AUUCCUUUUAUUUUAAGGGGACACAUAUCGUAGAACCUUCCGACGCAUUAAUUACUAGUAAAAAAUUUAUCGAAUCCGAAAAUUUUAUUGAUCAUUCUCGUUCCGCAACAAGUCACCACCCGCAGAAUCAUCAUUUAAAGAACCACGCGAUUCAUUUGCGAUCUGUCUCAGACGGAGUGGAUGACCAACAAUUCGAUUACAAUGAAUAUCUUUUCAAAAUAAACAAACAGGAUAAUUCAAAUAAUUUAACUAAUAAUUCGCUGAAAUACGUAUCAAAUACCGAUAACGGAAUUCCUUUGCGUGAUUCGAAAUGUGUUCAAUACCUAACGCCCGAUAAUGCGCCCCGAAUAAAAGGCUAUCUUUGUUCUGUUCCAAUUACUACAGCAUCCACAAGUCGAUAUAAAAAUUCUUUGACCAAUAUUUCCUCCUCCAAAGCGUCUUUAUCCGAUAAUUCAUUAGUUGUCGACAAUAAUUUGUUACUGCCCCGAACUUCGAGAACCGCCAUUCUGGAUUUUAAACAAUCCCUAAAUUAUCAAGAUUCAAUCGGGCCCGAGUUCAUAUUGAAAAGCGUUCAAAAACCAAUCUAUUUAACCCUAUUCGAAUCCGAUUUCAAUGAGUACAACAUGAAUAGGCUCAAGAAUGGCAGCGGAAAUAUAGAAGACUACAUAUGCUUCCCCCACAAACCCAAAAAUAGGAAUGCGGAAGUCAAAAAAGUUUUAAUUAUCCUUCUAAAUGGACAAGCCUUGGAAAUAUCUUGUCAGCUUAAUACAGCGAUAAAAGAUCUGUUAAACCUGGUCAUGGAGUAUAUGAAUAUAGUGGAAAGAGAAUACUUUAGCCUAUCGUAUAUAAAAGAUUCUGAACACAUAUUUUUGGAGCCCGAAGAAAAAUUGAGCAAAAUAUCUCCCCCAGCGUGGAAAGCGGACAAAGACAAGCACCAUAUUCAUAUACCGCUGACUUUCAACCUUUUUCUCAGGAUAAAAUUUUACACUGACGACAUUAACAUAAUAACGGAUCCUAAGGCAUUACACCAACAUUAUCUACAAGUGAGAAAAGAUGUGCUAGAACAAAGGUUAGUUUGUUCAGACGACGAAAUAUUUUCACUGGCAUCUUUCGCUCUUCAGUCAGAAUUUGGGGAUUUUGAAGCCUUAAAUUUCGGUCCAACCUCGGCUUAUUUCAUAGUAGAACAUUACGUUCCUCGGAGAACUAUAAACAAGUAUGGCAUUAAAGCAUUGAAGGAUAAAUUGGUUGACGGUCAUCGCAAAUUAAAAGGGUUAUCUAGAGAUCAGGCCGAAAUCAGCUUUCUAAGGGAAGCCCAAACAUUAAGAGAAUACGGGAUUCAUUUUUACAAAGUGUUUAAAUGCCGCCAUAAAACGUUCAUGCCUGUUCAUAUGGGCAUCAGCUCUAACGGUAUAAUCAUUAUCGAAGAUUUUGACGUUGACAUGGCAGAAUUUAGGACACCCAUUGCCUCGGUGCCCUGGGCUAACGUCGAUAAAAUAUCAUUCGAUCAAAACAGGUUCAGAAUACAGAAAAAGUUUUUCGUCAACAAAAAUUCCAGUAUCUCGCAAAGUAAAUUACUCAAUCGAGAGGAGUUCUAUACAGAAAAUUGCAAAAAGGGUCGAUAUUUACUCAAGCUAUGCGAAAUGCAUCACAAAUUUUAUCUAAAUCUGAAAAUGCGUAAACAAUACUCCGAAAUUUAUUCUCAAAAAUCUCCCGCCAGAUUUCAAGACUAUUCUCUUUAUACGGAUAUAAAUGAACGACUUCAAUUAAUAAAAAAUCGAGAUGACGUGAUUAGUCAGAUGGCUGCGUCCCCAGAUUAUCAUAGAGGAGUUAAUGAGGCGUAUUUCGAAAGUCACACUUUGCCAGCUCCUUUGUCAAGCCCUAGACACCAUCUCUAUUCCCCGAUGCAUUGCACCUUUCAUCCCCUAUCUUACGAUAAUAGAAAUAGUAAUAAUAGACCGUCUACGAAUUUCGGCGAUAAUGAUGCAUUAUUAAAAAAUAUACCACCGAUUGGUAUGAACUCUCUGAGGAGUAACGGUCAUGUUAGUUCUAAUCAACUCAGAUGCACAUUAAAUCAUUACUUACCGAGUAAUAACGUUGAAACCGCAGUAUUAACCAACUGCAGCUGCCAGUAUUGUAGGCAUCAUAAUCAAAAUACUAUUGAGGCCACAUUUUACGAAUCCAGUAUGGGAAGAGAUCAGUGUGGCAAAAUGAUGGAUAGAAGACUUUUCAAGAACUCUAGAUCCCUAAACGACUUAACAGCCGUUAGAAGAAUGCCGAUAUUUUGUGAGUCGAUUAAGGAAAGGAACAAGGAAACUACUAUCAAUGCAGCCAACGAAAGAAAUGUGAUUCAUGACAGAAAUAAUAGUAUAAUUAACUCGCACAAUGUUAACUCUGAUAACGUUAGUAAUAUUUGUAAUAUCAAUAAUUCUUCUAUAGAACGAGAAAGUAAACAGCAAUCCUCGGGAUAUGGAUCUCAAAGAUCAAAUUAUAGCUUGGACUUUAAUUUACAAGAUGACGCAUAUCCUAUUACACCUAAUAUCGAAAAAUCUAAUCAGACCUUGGAAUCCAAAAUGCAUCCAAAAAUUAUUCAAAACGCCCAUUUGAUGUGUCAUUCAUUCGACGAUGACAAUAAUUGCAAAAAUAUAGAAGAUGCUCAGAGAACAUUACUUUCGAAUCACCGUCAUGAUAGAUUAGAGAGCUUAGAUGGUCUAGUAGAAAGUCAAAAUUUGUAUAAUUCUCAACUAUCAAAAUUUCUGGCCGACAAUAAUUUACCGGAUAGCUUGAAAGAUUAUCACAGAAUCAUUCACAGCUAUCAAAAUCGCCUUAAUAGACUCGAUUGCAAUAUACAAAAUGUUAAUAAUAAUUAUAACAAUGGUAGUAACCUAUAUCAAUACUCUAACAGUAACCACCAAUGUAAUAAUAACACUGUCAUAGGCAACGGGCUCGAUGAAGGCGUAACCCCUACUAAAAAUAAACUCACGAAAACACUGAUUAAAAGCGUUAACGUUACCCAUUCAUGUGUUCAGACCGACGCGGUACAAGAUAGCAAAAAAUGCGUUUACGGUAACCCUAACACCAAUUCCCCAUUAUCGUCUCCCAUGAUAUUGAACGAAAAUUUUCCCAUUAUUUCUUAUUCGUGCGACAAAUUAGAUAAUAUCUUAUCAUCUUUCGCUACCACCUAUCCGUUUUACCUAAACCAUCGAAACCCUGAAGAUAUAGAUGUUAAAUCAAAUAGUGGAGAUAAUAUUUGUAAAUCGGUAAUCAACGUGGAAAGCCCUAAUAGUGAGAUAACAGAACACAUUUCCGGGCUGGAUACAAAAGAAAUGAAAGGACUCGUGUCUAGUAUGUACAAUAUGCAUUCAUCAAAGGCUAACAUCUCAAAUAAGCUUGCCUAUAACCAGGAAGUUCCUGAAAUCCACUCUCAAAAAUUUAAGAAUAACAACCUAACCAAUUCCCUAAAUCUUCCUAAAAUUCAUGAACAGGUAGAAAAUAGCACAUUGCGAAUAAGAGAAGCCUUUGAUUUUUUAGAUAAUCAAGCUGAAGAGGUGAACCAAGUAAUAGAAAAUUGCGAAACUUUUAACAAUCUUCCUCAGGAUGAUGAAAACAAUAAUUUACCUAUUACUGAAUAUCAACACUAUUCUUCCAUCCAUGUAGAUUCCGUUAUUAAUAAAAAUGUUAACCUUAAUAAAGAGAUGAUUCUGAAGGGCAACUAUUUGUACAAAAAUGUAAAUGAGGCAAAUAAUGACACUAAAAAUGAGAAAUUUGACAAUACGAGAUACGUAACAUUUUUCAGUAAAACUUCCUUGGAUAUUUAA